CCGAAAAGCGCCUCUGUACCGGAUGCUCUCGCAAGCCGACGCCGCGCGGGUCGCGGUCGUGCGGCUCAAGGCAGCGCACACGUGGCGCGCCGUGCCGCGGACGGCGCGGCUGCUCAGCCCAAAGGACCGCGAGGACCGCGUCGAGAAAAUAUGCGAGGUGACUGAGGACUUUUGUCUUCAGCCCCAGACGGCCGGCCUCGCCGUCUCGAUGUUUGAUCGCGUCUGCGCAAAAGCCGCGCUCGGCGCAGAGAUUAACGUGCCGCUCGACGUCGUCGGCCUCGUGUGCGUCCUCGUUGCGACCAAGUUCCAGGAGGUGCGGGUGCCGGCGAUCGAGGAGCUCGCCAAGAUGGACCUGCCCAAGGGCCGGGCGCCGCGAUCGCGCAUCCUCAUGAAAGAGGCCGAGAUGACCGUCCUCUGCCUGCUCGACUGGGACCUGCACGAGGCGGCGCCGCACCAGUACCUCGAGCACCUCUUCCAGAUCACGGGCGCGUCCAAAUCCUGCGUCAAGCGCGCCGAGUUCUUCGUCGACAUGUCCUUCUACGAGGCGAGGAUGCUUGACUUCAGCCCCAUCGCCAUCGCCGCCGGCUCCCUCAUGCUGGCGUGGCAGCAGCUGGGCGACAUCGAGUCGGAAAACAAGCACACCGCGCAGCUCGCCUGCCUGUGCGAGGUCGACCUGAAAACGCUCUUCCUGUGCCGGCACAUCCUGAUGGACCACUUUGAGUCGGUCUUCAAGACGUGCGAGGUGACGGUGCGCGUGCCCGCCUCCGCGCCGAUGGACGAUUCGCUUCGAUCCGAGUCGCCCGACUCCAUCUUCGCCCCGCUCGACGCGAUGUCGGUCGUGCCGCGCCCGCCGGGGUCGAAAGUGGACCCGGACAAGUUCUUCUCGCCGCUGCGUUGCCCGCCGAGCCUCCCGUUGGCUGGCCAGAGCCUUGCCGGCUCUGGCCGGUAGAUCAGGGGCCGCCGUCGCAACUACAACUAGCCCGUCGACGACCCAUCGGUCGGUCGCUGCGAAUCGCUUACGUGCAUACCUCGCCGCCCUGCAUACUGCUGCUGGCCACGGAAAUACCGUCGGGCGCGCCACCCGUUUCCUAGUCGUCGCCCCCCCCCCCCCCGCCCUCCUUCCCCCCCCACCCGUCUGCCCUCUGCUCCGCUUGAAGCGCUGCAAGUGCGGCAGCGGCCUCGUGUUUGGACACUAGCAGUGCCAGUUUGGGUGUAGCAACCCACCUCGCCGUCCAUCGUGGUCCGUCUCGUACAUGACGGCUGCUCCACCUCUGUCGGUGUCUGUAUUUUAUUUGAGACACUUUGGAGCAGUUAGAGUU